AGCAUGGCACUCACGGCGGCGGCUCCGGUGAAGGUGGUGGCUAUCUGUGGUUCACUGCGUAAAGACUCAUACAACAGAGGCCUCAUUCGAGCUGCGAUCGAGUUAAGCAAAGGAGACAUUGAAGGUCUCCAGAUUGAGGACGUUGACAUUGCUGCUCUGCCGAUGCUGAAUACGGAUCUUGAAGAAGAUGGGAGGUUUCCGGUGGAAGUGGAAGCGUUUCGCCGGAAGAUUCUGGAAGCCGAUUGUGUUUCUCUUCGCUUCUCUGGUAUAAUUAUUCCGUCACUG